AGCGCCACCAUAGUUCUGUCACCUCUGUUUGCUCUCAUUUGCAAUUUUCUUUUUCUUUUUCUCAAAGAAUCAAAUCACUAAAAAGGCUUCUAUUUCUUGAGCUGAAUCCAUGGAGUGGGUUCCAGGAGAAAUGAUUGGAUAUGGGAGUUUCGGCACUGUGAAUUUGGUGUUACCAAAAACAGGGUUUUCGAAAUCCCCAUUAACGGUUGUCAAGCGUUGCGAAACUCAUAACUCGGCUUCACUCAGGCACGAGAAACAAGUGCUGGAUCAACUCGGCUCUUGCCCGCAAAUCAUCCGUUGUCUCGGCGACGAUUAUAGCGUCGAGAAUUGUGGGAAGUUUUACAAUUUGUUCUUGGAGUAUGCUGAUAAAGGAAGCUUGGCCGAUCACGUUAAGCGAAAUGGUGGGGGAUGGACGGAAUCUGAUGUUAAAAGAUUCGCUAAAUCGAUACUCAGAGGGCUAAACUUUGUUCAUUCCAAAGGACUUGUUCAUUGCGAUGUUAAGCUUCAAAACGUUCUUCUGUUUGGUAACGGUGAUGUCAAGUUGGCUGAUUUUGGAUUGGCGAAGAGAAACGGUGAGAAACAGGGGAAGUUCGAAAUCAGGGGAACGCCUUUGAAUAUGGCGCCGGAGUCCAUCAAUGGAAACGUUUAUGAUUUUCCGGUGGAUAUUUGGGCACUCGGCUGCGUUGUUGUUGAGAUGUUUACCGGAAAAACAGCUUGGAAUUUGAAACCAGGCUCAAACAUGGCGGAUUUGUUUAUUAAAAUCGGGGUCGGCGAUGAAUUGCCUGGGAUUCCUACGGAAUUAUCCGAGGAAGGAAAAGAUUUUCUGGGAAAGUGUUUUUCCAGGGAUCCAAGCAAGAGAUGGACGACUGAGAUGCUCCUGAACCAUCCUUUCAUGGUUGCCGACGAUGAAACAACUGUUCCAUUUCCUUCAACGUCUUCACAAUGUUGUUUCGAAGAAUUCUCGGUAUCUCCGAGAUGUCCUUUUGAUUUUCCAGAUUGGAUUUCGACUGAUGAAUUGAUUUCCCGAGAAAAUUCAAGCCGUAUUUCGUCGGCUUUGAAUCGGAUUGGAGAAUUAGCUUGCCAUGAGGCGCCUAACUGGAGUUCUUGCGGCAGCUGGAUCAGCUUGAGGUAGAAGAAGAUGGGAUUUAGCCUCAAUCAAAAUUUGUAAAAUUAAUUAUAAAACAUUUAAGUGGACUGACUUU